AUGGAGAACCCCAGUAACACGCUGCUCGGUAAGGUGGCCGCGGUGGUCGCGAUCAGCAUCACGGCCGCCCUCGUGAUGCAUGUCCAAGAUCCAUCCGACACUAUCCUCGGAGUCGGCUACCCAGAAUUGUGGCGGAGGACAGGACUAGCGGGCGCGCCAGCCAGAGCCGCAACGUGCAUCCUGGCAGGAGUCUUACUCCUCACACUGGGAUGGCUGUACAGGCUACUGUUCGCUCCUCUGGAGCUCCUGCGAUCCCCCGAUGAGGUGGGUUAUAUCGCCGAGGACGGGCGCUCCCGUGCUCAAGCCGCUAAUGAGGUGAGACGGCGGCGGAAGACCGGAGAGCUACCGCCCGUUUAUCCAAACGGAUGGUACAGAGUGCUGGAUUCGCACAUGCUUGAGAGAGGGGAUGUCAAAAACGUGACUGUGCUCGGAGAGCAGGUUGCUGUGUUCCGGGGUCUGGAUGGGAAGGCGUAUGUGGUGGACGCCUACUGCCCGCACCUGGGUGCCAACUUGGCAGUGGGAGGGCGUGUGGUGGGCGGAUGCAUCGAGUGUCCCUUCCACGGGUGGCAGUUUCGGGGUGAGGAUGGGAAGUGUGUGAGGAUCCCGUAUGCUGAGAAAGUGCCAGAGUUUGCUAAGGUGCGCUGCUGGCCCAGCUGUGAGAUUAACGGGCAGAUCCUGGUGUGGUUCCACUGUGACGGGGACGAGCCCGGCUGGAGAGUUCCGGAACAGAGUGAGAUCACCCGGGGCGAAUGGGUCUACCGCGGACGCACCGAGCACUUCAUCAAUGCGCACAUAGAGGAGAUCCCUGAGAACGCUGCGGACAUCGCCCACCUGGCUCACCUGCACACACCUGGCAUUGUGAGUGGGGUGGACCUGCGCUACACCAACAGCAAGACCUGGGAGUUUGUGCGGCAUGACUGGAAGGUGGAGUGGAAGCCCGAGUCGGAGCCCAACAAGCACUGCUCCCAGAUGCUGGUGAAGCAUGCGCUGACCGUGUUCGGCCGCCGCUGGCCCCUGCUCGACCUGGAUGUGGUGGCGAGACAGGUGGGCCCAGGCAUUGUGUUCCUGCUGUUCGACCACAGCUUCCUGGGUCACGGGGUCAUCAUGCACUGCGUGACCCCUGUGGAGCCGCUCCUCCAGUGCGUGUCCCACACCAUCUUCUACCAGAGCAGCAUCCCCCCUCUGGUGCCCAAAUUCAUCCUACGGGCUGAGUGCAUACAGUUUGAACGAGACGUGAUGAUCUGGAACAAUAAGAAGUACAUCUCCAAGCCCAUGCUGGUGAAGGAGGACUCGGCCAUUCAGAAGCACCGCCGCUGGUUCAGCCAGUUCUACAGUGACAACAGCCCCCGACUACGCUACCAGCACGACACCAUGGACUUCUGAACAUGCUCU